AUGUCCUCGCUCCCCUUCCAGUUCACGCCUACAUCAGCCAGCAUCCCUCCAAACAAUAUCAAGCUUCGACUCAAGGACAUUAACAACCUCCCUGCCAAUCACCAGCCUCUGAAUCCCCUGUCCUUUAUCCUGCGCGCAGCUCUCAUCUACCCCAACAAACUCGCUCUUUUACACCCAGACACCCCGAAUCCUGUCGCCUAUACCUUCUCUGUCUGGGCGCAGCGAAUCCAGAACCUUGCGUACGCACUACUAAAGGCUGGUCUCAAGCCUGGAGACCGUGUCGCCGUCAUUGCACCAAACAGUCCAUUAAUUGCCGAUGCACACUAUGGUGUUCUCGCAGCGCGUGGCAUUCUGCUCCCCAUCAACACUCGCCUCAAACCACAUGAAGUUGCUUAUAUCCUCGAGCACAGCGGUGCCAGUAUCAUUCUGGUCGACUACGAGUAUAAGCACCUUAUCGGCAACACGAACGCGCGCGUCAUCGUUUCCAACGACACAGGGAGGGCUGGCGAUCCCUAUGAAGACUUCUUAACGGAGGGCCGGGCUUAUAGCAAUGAACAAGGGUGGCGAGGACUAGAGGCAGAGCCCGACGAGAACGUUGGAGCCGUUCUCUGCUACACAUCCGGCACGACUGGACGGCCCAAGGGGAUUCCAUUAGGUUCAUACCUCGGGGCAAUAGGAAACGCGUUUGAGGGACGGAUCAACAAGGAAUCCACUUACCUAUGGAUCCUUCCUAUGUUCCAUGCAGCUGGUUGGACCUAUCCAUGGGCAACUGUGUUCGCGUUCGCAACUCAGAUUACAUUACGAACCGUCAACUAUACCCACAUCUGGAAUCACCUUCUCCAUUCUGGAGUUACACACUACUGUGGUGCACCGACUGUUCAGAUUGGAAUCAUCAAUGACCCAUUGGCGAGGAAGCUUUCACGACCAGUCACAGCUAUCAUUGCUGGGGCAGCUCCUACAGCACACCUCAUCGCGGAGCUCGAGAAAAAGGGCAUCAAUCCUACAUACGGUCCCUUCACCCGUAAUUACGACCAACCCCACUGGGCAAGCUUGAGUCUAGAAGACCGGGCUCGCCUCAUGGCUCGCCAAGGACACGCAUUCGCAACCGCAGAAGAAGUUCGAGUCGUGAAGCAGGACGAAGAGAGCGACGUGCUCGAGGAUGUACCUGCCGACGGCAAGACACUUGGUGAGAUUGUUACAAGGGGCAACAUCGUCAUGAAGGAGUACUACAAAGACCCAGAAGCAACGAAGAAGGCAUUCCGAGGUGGAAGCUUCAGGACAGGGGACCUUGCUGUGAUGCACCCUGACGGCUCAGUCGCUAUCAUGGACAGGAGUAAGGAUAUCAUUAUCUCUGGCGGAGAGAACGCAUCAAGCCUGGCCAUCGAACAAGAACUCGCUUCGCAUCCCCACGUUCUGGAAGUCAGUGUGAUCGCCCGACAGCAUCUCAAGUGGGGUGAACGACCAAUGGCGUUCGUCAUUCUCCAUCCUCAGCACGCAGAGAAGUGGAAGGGACGAUAUCACGAGUUUGAGAAGGACCUCAAGGCUCAUGCCAAGAGUCGUCUCCCAGGAUUUGCUUGCCCCGAGUGGGUCGAAGUUGUUCCAGAGCUGCCGAAAACAUCGACGGGCAAGAUUUUGAAGACAGAACUCAGGAAGAUGGUCGCCAAACUCUGA